AUGGACCUCACCUGUAGCCACAGACCACACCUGCAGCCCUUAGCCUUGUACCCACAGACCUCACCUGCAGCUGCAGCCCUGUACCCACAGACCCUACCUGCACCCACAGACCUCACCUGUACCCAUGGACCCCACCUGCACCCACAGACCUCACCUGCACCCACAGACCCCACCCACACCCACAGACCUCACCCGCACCCACAGACCCACCUACAGACCUCACCUGCACCCACAGACCCCACCUGUACCCACAGACCCAACCUACACCCACAGACCCCACCUGCACCCACAGACCUCACCUGCACCCACAGACCUCACCUGCACCCACAGGCCUCACCUGCACCCACAGACCCCCACCUGCACCCACAGACCCCCACCUACACCCACAGACCCCACCUCUACCCACAGACCUCACCUGCACCCACAGACACCACCUGCACCCACAGACCCCACCUGCACCCACAGACCUCACCUGCACCCACAGGCCUCACCUGCACCCACAGACCCUACCUGCACCCACAGACCUCACCCGCACCCACAGACCCACCUACAGACCUCACCUGCACCCACAGACCCCACCUGCACCCACAGACCCCCACCUACACCCACAGACCCCACCUGUACCCACAGACCCCACCUGCAUCCACAGACCCCACCUGCACCCACAGACCUCACCUGCACCCACAGACCUCACCUGCACCGACAGACACCACCUGCACCCACAGACACCACCUGCACCCACAGACCCCACCUGCACCCACCGACCCCAACUGCACCCACCGACCCCAACUGCACCCUCUGCUCUCUCUGCUAUGA